UAAGUAUCCAUAUAGCGUUGUGCUUGUGCUCGAGUUUCUGUAAUGUAGUUGAACAUUAAUCCUGCACUGCAGCAGAGCUUGGGAGCAAUUUGAGCUCGAGCGCGAGCGGAAAUGUAGUCAGGGUAGCAGCUCGUGAGGCGGAAGUGAGGUUAAAGCGCAGCAGCAGCAGCGGUGUGCUUCGUCCAUGUUAUUAUUGUUAUUUUGACUGGGAUGUUUGGCGGUGGACCGCGCGGACGGUGCCCUGCCCCGCACUCCUCCGGUCUCCGACACACACAGGCGCAGUUCUCCGUCCUGGAAGAAGGAAGAAGGCGCGCUCCUGUAAAGAAAGCACAGUAAAUACAGAAAUAGAAAGGAAAGAAAUUCGGCGCUCGGUAUUAUUGUUGACACCGCGGCGGAGAUGAACAGCAUCACCAAGGGCAGAUUCGAGGUGUUCUCAAACAGUGAUGAAGCCCCGAUCAACAAAAAGCUUCCCAAAGAGCUCCUGCUCAGGAUUUUCUCCUACCUAGAUGUGGUUACGCUGUGUAGAUGUGCCCAGGUAUCCAAGGCAUGGAAUGUUCUAGCACUGGAUGGAAGCAACUGGCAGAAGAUUGAUCUCUUCAACUUCCAAACAGAUAUUGAGGGUCGCGUGGUAGAGAACAUUUCAAAGAGAUGUGGCGGCUUUCUGAGACAGCUGAGUUUGAGAGGUUGUCUCAGCGUAGGCGAUGCCUCUAUGAAGACUUUUGCACAGAAUUGUCGUAACAUAGAGCAUCUGAAUCUGAACGGCUGCACUAAGAUCACAGAUUCCACCUGCAUCAGCCUCAGCAAGUUCUGCGCCAAACUCCGCCACCUCGACCUCACGUCCUGUGUGUCCAUCACCAACCAUGCACUCAAGGCAUUAAGUGAGGGCUGUCGCAUGUUGGAGAACCUGAACCUUUCCUGGUGUGAUCAGAUCACACGUGACGGCAUCGAGGCGCUCAGCCGUGGCUGCAACACCCUCAAAGCGCUGUUCCUCAGAGGCUGCACACAGUUGGAUGAUGCUGCACUGAAGCACCUUCAGAAGCACUGUCCUGAGCUCGUGACAAUCAACAUGCAAUCCUGCACACAGAUAACAGAUGAGGGUUUAGUGAGUUUGUGCCGCGGCUGUCACAAGCUGCAGAUGGUGUGUGUGUCUGGCUGCAGCAACAUCACGGACGCCUCUCUCACUGCACUCGGCCUCAACUGCCAGCGGUUAAAAAUCCUGGAGGCUGCGCGCUGCUCUCAUGUGACUGAUGCUGGUUUUACUGUUCUGGCAAGGAAUUGUCAUGAUUUGGAGAAAAUGGAUUUAGAGGAAUGUAUUUUGGUCACUGACAACACACUGGUUCAGCUUUCAAUCCACUGCCCUCGGCUCCAGGCCCUGAGCCUCUCGCAUUGUGAGCUGAUAACAGACGAUGGGAUUAGACACCUGAGCAGCAGCGUGUGUGGUCAGGAGCGGCUGCAAGUGGUUGAGCUGGAUAACUGCCCCCUGAUCACAGACAUCACUCUGGAGCACCUGAAGAGUUGCCAAAGGCUCGAACGCAUCGAACUCUAUGACUGCCAGCAAGUCACUCGUGCAGGAAUCAAACGUAUCCGAGCUCACCUUCCUGAAAUUAAGGUCCACGCCUACUUUGCACCAGUCACGCCCCCUCCCUCAGUGCAUGGAGGGGGCCAACGUCUCUGCCGUUGCUGCGUUAUACUCUGACAGUGGAUGGGGCCUCUGAUGCAUGCCAUGGAGCGUCAGUCUGUCAGUCAAACUCUAAGCCCCACCCUGCUCCUGCUGGCCACUCCUGCUAAGCUCGACACAGAGGUGUGGCUGGGAAAGGCACGGUUGGAUCAAUGAAGGUUUAUCUGGCAGCAAGAUGGAGCUACACAAAUUAUUGAGAAAAUUCUAAUUCAACAUACAAAGAAUAAUUACGAUGUAAAAUGUGACAUUUCAAAUGGAAUCCACAAGAAGAGCGUGGGAAAAGCCACCUUGUAAAAUAUUUCACAUUUUGGAUUUGUAGAAAACACAUUUGUGGACGUACUUAAAGCAGUAUGACAUCGAACUACUGACUACAGAACCUUGUCUGUGUGGGAAGGUCUCUGAGGGCUUGAUGAGAACCAGACAAUGUUUACUUCUUGAUCCACUGUUACCAUUUUGCAUUAUUUCCUCGUGAAGAGAAGCGUUGUAUCAACAGGAAUGAUGAGCGAGGAGCAGGACAAUGAUAUUUCUGUAUUUGCAGUUGGUUCGAGACUUUUACAGUAACUGAUUCAGAGAAUGUUAAAAUAUAUAAAACAAAAUAUAACACUACAGCCAAACAGCCUGUGUUCAACCUGGAGUAAAGUGAUAUCUGUCAGUGCUCAGCAUUCUUUACAGAAAUUGAUGAUAAAACGUUUUGAUGAAUCUUGCGCCAUGGAAAAGUAAGGAUGAGAUUGAGUGUGUAUAAUAUAUUACACAUUAUGUGGACAAAAUGGGGCCCAUUCAGUUUUUUGGGCUCUAGUAAUGGAAUGAAGGAAUAUUAGGAGUGACUUCAUAUUUUAAAAAAAUCAUAUUUACCGAAGAAGUCUAAUGGAGUAGAUAAAGAUGAUUUUAAGUUCUAAGUGCAAUAUUUCAAAGGCCCAGAUUUUCUGUUGAACAUGUGAAAUAGUGUUCUUUUUUACAAUUCCCUUAUACAAUCUUAAUUGCUGCCAGUUGUUGCAAUAUUAUUUAACAGGCCUGGACCCAGAAUGUAAUUUUCCAUUACAAGCUUUUUUUUUUUUUUAAUUUUCCAAUUUCAUUUCUGAAGUGCACAUAUAUAAUCUGCAUAAUCUACACGUAUGUCGUUCUGAGCACUGAAAAACUGAAUGCACCUUGGGCCUCAUUGUUACUAAUGCAGAUGACUGUUGAAUUAAUUGCCUAAUCGGUGGUGAUGGCUUUUGGGUGCGAGUGCCUUUGAUUUUUGCAAUGCUGGAACGGGCAUGGGGAAAUCCAGCCUCAGAGAUUAAAGACUCAGGGCUGUAAUGUGAUUCGUCAGAUCUUUUCCUUUCCUGCUUCUUUGAUUGUCAGCACUGAAGAAAACAGGAGCAGCAUAUACAGGUGAUGGACCGCACACAGCAAGCAAGCACUGCAUCCAUGUUUGGUGGGUUAUUGUAGUUGCUACUGAAGGGUGAAGUGUAAUUCUGCAGCAAUGUAAAGGAACACCCCCUUCCCCUAUCUCUCAUUCAAAUUUCUGAUAACCACUUGGAGGAAAAAAAAAAAGCUACCUGACUGUCCUUGUGUUCUGGUGUUACUGUGACAUUUCUUUAAAUAAAAGAUCUGAGAAGUG